AUGUUCCAAGCAGCCACCCUCGUCCUUGCAGGCCUUGCCGCCCUCGCCCCCCUCGGUGCCGACGCAUCCCUCACGCACGGCUCCCGCCGCUCCUCCCGCCACAACUCGCGCGCCUUGAACCGCCGCGCGAACAACGCCACCGCCUCGGCCAGCGGCAGCGCCGGCAAGUGCCGCUCCCACAAGCCCACCACCGCCAUCUCCCUCGCCUCUGCCCUCCCGACCGCAUCAACAUCGGCAGCCGCAGACCGUGCCGCGGAGACCUCUGCCGCGGCAUCGGCCGCGACGUCCAAGUCCGCGUCCGCAUCCUCAACGGGCAAGGCGUCCUCCGCCGCUGCCGCGACCUCGACCAAGAAGGCGUCCGCGACGUCGUCCUCGUCCGCAGCCGAAUCUUCCUCCACCUCCUCGUCGUCUUCCUCGUCCUCGUCCGGUUCCCUCAAGGCCGCGCUCUUCCCCGUGGACGACACGUCCUCGUGGACCAUGGCCUCCGCUCUCGAGGGCGCCGUCAAGCUCACCACGGAUGCGCUUAACAUCGUUUCGGAGAUCAAGUCGAUCAGCAACCCGAUCAAGACGCAAUCCGGCCGUACCGCGAUGCAAGCCUCGUUCCCGAAGGGCAACUGGGGCCUCAACAAGGGCAUCAGCGGUGGCAUGAGCUGGUACGGCCAGGGCCAGACCAGCAGCUCGGACUGGAACAACGCCAAGGAGAUGACCUUCGGCUACGGCAUCUACUUCACCGACGACUUUGCCUUCAACAAGGGCGGCAAGCUCCCCGGUCUCUACUUCGGCACGAGCGAAGACAACGCGCGUGGCUGCUCCGGCGGCAACCGCGACACCGACUGCGCCUCCGUCCGCCUCAUGUGGCGCACGGACGGCAAGGGCGAGGCGUACACUUACCUGCCCAACCCGGAAGUCUCGUCCAAGUUCAACGCCAACAAGGUCCUCUGCGACGUCGCGCCCGAGUCCGACUGCAACGACACGUACGGUGCUUCGGUCGGCCGCGGUGCAUUCAGCUUCAAGAGCGGCGCCUGGAACGACGUUGCCAUGCGCGUCCAGCUCAACGACGGCAGCGAGGCUAACGGCGAGAUCGAGAUUUACUUCAACGGCGAGAGCAAGAUCAAGGUUGACGGCCUCAUCAUCAGCAGCUCGGAUGCUACGCGCGCGCAGGGCAUCAUGGCGCAGUCGUUCUUCGGCGGCUCGGACAGCUCCUGGGCAUCUCCGCAGGACCAGGACAUCUACUUCUCCGACUUCUCCGUCGCGAUCACCAAGACGUUCUAA